AUGGCGUCGGCGACAACGGCGUUUCAGGAUGGCGUGCCCGACGGCUCGGAACGCGCCCGCUCGGCGCACAGGAGGUAUGCCUCGGAGCACGCCGGCGACAACGCGCACCGCAAGGCCCCGGAGCAGCCCAGCCAGUAUAGAGCCCCUCCGUACAGGAGGGACCCUGGCGCCAACACAGCCAGCAACGGCGAUGCGUAUGAGAGCUCCGCGCUGGAGGGCAGCAACGAGCACAUCGCGCAGCACAAGGAGGUGAGCUGUGCGCAGGAUCUGCACCGACGCAAGGUGUCUCUGCAUAGCAGCAUGUGUGCGGCGGCGGGGACAGGCAACCACACGCAGAUUUUGGGGAGCGACACGAUGCCAAGUGUAGACGAACAAUGUGAGAUGAGAAAGCCACAACGCUGGGGCCCAAAGAAUCAUACUGCAGCAGCAAUAGUCAGCCCAUGAUAAAUCUCUAUGUCAUUGGGAGUGCCUGGCUGACGUAUGCGGUCAUCGGGAGCGGUUGUAUUGUUUGGUCCUCGACAAUUUUGACUGAAGAUUCCUGGGCUUUACCAUUGCGAAAUCAUGUGAGAAGAGGUGUUCCAAGAAUUCUUUUGAAAGGCAUGUGUAUACAGGCCAUUUGUCUUACUACAAUUUUUCUUUUUGUCUUUGUGAGUUGCUGAAAAGAUCUUGAGAUGUUUGAUUGGUUUCAACUCAGUUGAAGUUGUUAGGAUGAUUUGGUUGCAUCUUCUGGGAAAUGUACCGUGAUGGAUUCAUAUAGAUUCUUGAGUGGUGCAACCCUUUGUACUGUGUUUUC